AUGAAGGGAACAGACGACAACAGAAGCUUCUCCACCGAGGUCAUGCACAGCGCUGCCUUCUCUCUGUCUCAGAGCGAGCCGUCCACGUGUCGUCUAAACUCUAGACAGAUCUAUUCUCCGCUCAAACGCUUAGAUCGCGAAGACUCCCCCUCUGAAAGUGCCUUGCGAGACCAGCUGCUGCUGGGGCUCCGUGAUGGCCCCCUUUCCCAAGCCCUGAAAGUUUUUGCUCGUCGGAACCCGGAGUUGGAAUUUUCAGACCUUCGCCAAGAGGCUGUGCUGUUGGCGUCGGAGUAUGGCCGAGCUGAACCAGAGGAACCCAAUUGGAAGGAGCAAUUGAAGCGUGAAAUCAUGGAGGACGUCAAAAUGCAAAUGAAGGGAAUAACACAAGAAAUAGUGGCAGAGCUCAAGCCGCUGCUGCAGACUGCUUCUCCACAACCCAGCCCACCUAAUCCAACCAGGACUAGGCAGUCCACACCCAGACCGUACAACGACCGAGAUGCACAAGAGGUUGAGGGGGUCAAAGUCCCUGAGCGAGGGGUGGUGAUUGUAGAGGAUGUGAAGUGCACGCACCCAUUCAUUGUAGGCAUGAAUGUUAUCAUGGCCUGUUGGGACACACUAUUUAAAUGCCCUGCCACGUCGUCUCGACUGCCCCAGUUUAAAACCCAGAAAGUGUGGAGAGAUGCAUUUGCCACUUGCCGCCAUAUUGAAGUUUCCCCUGCAGAAGACGGGCUGGUUGGUUUUGUUAGAUUGGCUGCAAAAGGCAAAGUUGUUGUCCCUCCAGAGAGUGAGAUGGUGGUGUGGGGCCGCACAAAGAGGAAUCCAGUCGGAAUAGGACAUUGUGCCCUUGUGGAGCCGCUGCUUGAUGUGGGCGCCAGUGAUGUUGGGGUUGCAAGAGCUCUGGUUGAAGUUAAACAAGGUAGAGUGCCAGUGCGUGUUUGUAAUCCACACCCCUAUAACAUUACCCUAGGGCGGUUCAGUAAAUUAGGCCGACUGUAUCACAUUGAGGAAGCGGAUGUGCAGGGCCCCCAUAGUUUGUCCCUCUCCCUGGAGGACGACGGGGUUGUAGUAGUCACCAGAGUAGAGGUUGGUGCAGCUUCCCCUAGCCGCCCAGGACAAUCUGAAGGGACUAGCAUGUUGAGAAACAGACCUGACCUUUCUGACCAACAGCAGAGGGAGCUAAAGGCCCUGCUGCAGAAGUGGGAACAAGUUUUUUCACAGCACGAGGAGGAUUUUGGUCGGACUAACCUAGUGCAGCAUCAGAUUCUUACAGGCGAUGCUGCCCCCAUUCGGGAAAGGUACCGGCCAAUCCCACCCAUGCUGUACAAAGAGGUGAAGACCCUCCUCUCGGGGGCGGAGUUGGACCGCAAGCAGGAGACGGUGCCUGACUCUCGAGGGACGCAGCGGCAGGGUGGAUCCCUGCCGUGUGUGUAA